AUGACCAAGCUGGUUCUACUCCUGUGUGUAGCGGUCAGCUGUGUGUUAGGGACUCCGAACCACCCCAGAGCCACGCCCCCCAAACCAUGCUGUAUGCUGGACCAGUGGGAUGGGAUGAUGGCAGAAGUAGGGACGUAUGUCUACGAUACGCACGCUGGGACCUAUAGGGGCUUCCAGUAUGUGAUCUUCACUGAAGGUAACACAUGCACCAAAUCUCCUCUGACAGGCACCAUGCCACCAAAUUGCAUCCCGGAUGACGCAAAGUUUGGGGGAGCUUUCUACAUGGGCGGUCCAGACUAUCGUUUACCGUGCCACAGGUGGCUGUACACGUCCAAUGGUAGGAACGUUUCCCUGACCGUUACACAGCAAGACUGUUACCCUGUAUUGGAGACAGAAUAUAGUGCCAUGCCCAAAGGUGGCCAGAUGGCAUCAAGUGCCUUCGCCUAUGUUCACUCCGGCAUCCACGACCCGACAGUAUUCAACAUCCCGUCCUUUUGUAACAAGGUCUCCAAAGAGCACCCUCACCACCAGUUACAGGGACCCCAUCUUCACGCUUUGAACAGACUGAGGAUAUAG